UGCUUCGAGUGCUGUCAGCAUCGCUCCGUGUGCACGAACGUUGUUUUGAAAAACUCGCCCUUCCUUCCCUGAAGUCUAUUGUGUAAUUGUGAGAGACCAUCGUUCUCUACAACUGCCUGAAAGGAGGCUGUAGCCAGAUACUGAAAGCACCAUUGAGAAAACAGCAAAAUGAGCAGUCGUCGGAAGCGGGCACCUCCGUCCAAAGUGGAUGAGGAGAAGAAGAAAAAGCUCUGCUGGAAUAUGCAUGAAGACCGGAGAAAUGAGAUGGUGGCUUUAGAUGAUGAAGUAACUGAUGAGGACCAUAUUCCAGUUCCAAGCACUUCUGCAUCCUUCAUUGUUAUCAACGAUGAUAGCACUGAUGAAGAUCUUGUACAGAAAGAAGGCAGUGGCUCAAAAUCUGUUAAGUUUUUGACAGUUAAUGAUGAAGAAGACUCUUAUUCCAUCUUGACUCCUGUAUCCGUACAGCUAAAUAUUAUAGUCCUGCCAUACCGUGCAGAUAGGUCCUGGAAGGCUUUGUUGGGAGAAUUUGCUCUUCGUCUGCCUUCUGAGCAAAUUCUAUCUGAUGAAUUCCGUGACAGGAGCUUUACUUUAAUGAAAGGAGACUCUGAUGAUGAGCUGCAGGUCUGUGUUCAUGAAAGAAGUGAAGAAGAGUACAGCAAUGAAACAAAAGAAUACCUGGGUGCUUAUGAACAACGUAUUCUUGUGGAAGCAACUUUAAGUGGUGAAAUAUUGGAAGGUUUGAGAUGGUUGCAAAAGAAAAAGAUAAUUGGACUUUAUCAAAGACCUGGAGAGGCUCAGGCUUUAAAGGUUGGAGUUUACCUUCUUGAAGCUGGCCUAAGUAAACCAGAAUUUCUCAGUGAUGGAGGUGGAAGACCCAAAAAAGCUAAUCAGAUUAUUCAAAAACUCAUGGAAAAGUUCUACAGUUUUUUAAUUCCAGAUGACCUGGAGGAAGAUGAGGAAGAAUCUGACAUGGAACUAGAACGACAAAAUAUUGAAGAGCUUUAUGACUUUGUACGGCACACCCAUCAGCAGGAUAUCCAAUUACUGAGAAAGGAUGUGCAGCAUCCUGCAUUGAUUCCCAUUCUGAGGCCGUACCAAAGCGAGGCUGUGAACUGGAUGCUUCACCGAGAGAACCACACAAGUACUCCAAGUAAUGAAAACGUGCUGCACUUCUUAUGGCGGGAGGUGAUCACUCUGGAUGGAAUAAAAAUCUACUAUAAUCCAUUUACUGGCUGCAUUAUCCGUGAGUAUCCAACUGCUGGACCCCAGUGGCCUGGAGGUAUUUUGGCAGAUGAGAUGGGUCUUGGAAAAACAGUAGAAGUGUUGGCUCUUAUUCUGAAUCAUCCUGGACCAGAGAUUAAACAAGAUGAUCUGACAUUACCUGAGGGUAAGCUUGUGAACUUCUUUGUUCCACCUCAACCUUUAGAGGGAAAUAAAAAGAAAAAACCAAAGGAAAUGGAGCCUAAAUUAAAGGAAAAAAUACAGUAUCCCAGCUUACGAGUAAUGAUAUUAGCAGCUGUAAAGGAAAUGAAUGUGAAGAAAGGAGCAUCCAUAAUUGCAAUAUUUAAGUACAUCAGUUCUAUAUAUAGGUACGACACGCAGAGAAAUAGACGGCUUCUCAAAAGAACUCUGGAAAAACUAAUUGCAGAACAGGUGGUUGAACAAGUUAAAGGACAUGGUCUGGCUGGGUCUUUCAAGCUGGGAAAGAAUUAUAAGGAACAGAAGAAGCGAGAAAGAGUCAAAGAGCAGGUAGCAAGGACUUCAGAAAGCACUCAGAAGAAGCAGUUGAUUGAUGCUAAAACUCAAACCAAAGAAUCAAGAAACACUGAUGAAACGUCUGAAAAUGUCUUUAAAACUGCUUCACAUGAGAAUAUUGCCAUGGAAGAACAUGAUUAUUGUACAACUAGUAAAAAUAACAGGAAAUCUGAAGCAGAUAAUGAGAACUCUGUAGAAGAGAAAAAUGUUAAGCAAGAAACUGUGGUCCCAAAGUCUCCUGAUUUUCAUGGCAACCUCCUUGUCUCCAGUGACACGAGCAGUCAUCUUGAUGUUGAUGUUUCUGAAACUACUGUUAUCCAGCAGGAAGUCCCAAAAGUCCAAUCCUCACAUUCCCAAGAACGUGCUGGCAGUAGCGUACAACAUACCAGUUCUGUAUUUCCAUUUAAUACCUCUGAAUAUCGUUUUGAAUGCAUCUGUGGUGAGCUUGGAUUGGCUGACUACAAAGCUCGUGUGCAGUGCCUGAAAUGUUACCUGUGGCAGCAUGCCGAGUGUGUAAACUACAAAGAGGAGAACCUGAAGAGCAGGCCCUUCUACUGUCCCCAUUGCCUUGUGGCAAUGAAACCGGUUCCCACAGGAGCGACUCUGAUAAUUUCUCCUAGUUCUAUUUGUCACCAGUGGGUAGAUGAGAUCAACAGGCAUGUAAGAUCAUCAUCUCUUCGAGUUCUGGUGUACCAAGGUGUGAAGAAGCAUGGCUUUUUGCAGCCACACAUGCUGGCAGAGCAGGAGGUGGUUAUCACCACCUACGACGUCCUGCGCACCGAACUGAACUACGUGGACAUUCCCCACAGCAACAGCGAGGACGGGCGCCGCUUCAGGAACCAGAAGCGCUACAUGGCCAUCCCCAGCCCCUUGGUAGCAGUGGAGUGGUGGAGGAUCUGCCUUGACGAAGCACAAAUGGUUGAAUGCACCACUGCAAAGGCUGCUGAGAUGGCGCUCCGUUUGAGUGGAAUCAAUCGUUGGUGUGUCAGUGGCACUCCUGUGCAGCGAGGAUUAGAAGAUUUGUAUGGAUUAGUCCUUUUUCUUGGAGUUGAUCCUUACUGGGUCAAACACUGGUGGGACCAACUACUAUAUCGACCUUAUUGUAGGAAAAAUCCCCAGCCUCUCUACAGUCUAAUUGCGAAGAUAAUGUGGAGAUCAGCAAAGAAGGAUGUGCUUGACCAAAUUCAAAUCCCCCCUCAGACAGAAAAUAUACACUGGCUUCACUUCUCUCCUGUGGAGAGACACUUCUAUCAUCGCCAGCACGAGGUGUGCUGCCAGGAUGCAUUGGCAAAACUCAGGAAGAUUUCAGACUGGACUCUUAAGCUUAGCAGCCUAGAUAGAAGGACUGUGACUUCUAUUCUAUACCCUUUGCUACGGCUCAGGCAGGCCUGCUGUCACCCACAAGCUGUUCGGGGAGAGUUCUUGCCGCUACAGAAAAGCACCAUGACCAUGGAGGAACUACUGGCAUCUCUGCAAAAGAAAUGUCGAACAGAGUGUGAAGAAGCUCACCGACAGUUGGUGUGUGCUCUUAAUGGCUUAGCUGGUAUCCAUAUCAUUAAAGGAGAAUAUGCAUUGGCUGCGGAGCUGUACAGAGAAGUACUAAGAUCAUCUGAAGAACACAAAGAAAAGCUCAAAACAGAUUCCUUGCAAAGACUUCAUUCUACACAUAAUUUGAUGGAAUUGUUGGCAAAGCACCCAGGAAUUCCCCCGACUUUGCGUGAUAGCCGACUUGCAGAAGAGGCAGAACAACUCCGACAGCAUUAUAUGAGUAAAUCCAAUGCAGAAGUUGCAGAAGCCCAUCAGGCCUUACAGCCAGUUCUUCAAACUAUUCGAGAACUUCAGAGAAAGAUACAUUCAGGUUCUCCUUGGUGGUUGGAUGUCAUCCAGACAGCAAUACAGUAUGCCAUUGAUGAGGAGCUUGUUCAACGUGUGCAAAACGAAAUAACCUGCAACUACAAACAGGAGACAAGUAAACUCUCCAUGGCAGAGAAAUUCCGUGACUGCAGAGGCCUUCAGUACCUCCUCACAACCCAGCUGGAUGAAGUGAAGAAGUUCCAGAAGAUUGUAAGAGAAGCAGUGAAAAACUUAGAAGGGCCUCCUUCUAAGCAGGUUAUUGAGGCUGCCACUAUCUGCCAUUUGCGACCUGUUAGACUGCCACUUAACAACUGUGUCUUUUGUAAGGCUGACGAAUUGUUCACAGAAUAUGAGUCAAAGCUCUUUAUGCAUAGUGUUAAAGGCCAAAUGGCAAUAUUCGAGGAGAUGAUAGAAGACCAAGAAGGGCUUGUCGAUGACCGUUUGCCCACCACAAGCAGAGGGCUCUGGGCAACCAGUGAAACUGAGAGGGCUUUGAAAGCUCUUCUUUCCUUUGCCAAAGCUCACCGCAUGGAUGUUAGAGUAACCGAGGAAGGGAGCGCAUUCCUGGAGCUCUUUGAAGCAUGGAAAAAGGAAUAUAAGCUACUUCAUGAGUACUGGAUGGUCCUUAGGGAUCACGUGUCUGCUAUUGAUGAACUGGCAAUGGCGACAGAGCGACUGAGAGUGCGUCACCCUGAUGAGCCAAAACCAAAUCCACCAGUGCUCCACAUUAUAGAGCCACAUGAGGUAGAGCAAAAUCGAGUGAAACUUCUGAAUGACAAGGCAGUUGCCAAAUCACAGCUUCAAAAGAAAUUAGGACAACUUCUGUACCUCACUAAUCUGGAGAAAUCUCAGGACAAAACCACUGGAGGAGUUAACCCAGAACCAUGUCCAAUCUGUGCACGUCAGCUGGGAAGACAGUGGGCAGUGCUGACGUGUGGACACUGUUUUUGUAAUGAGUGCAUAGCAAUCAUCAUCCAGCAGUACAGCGUCGGCACCCGCCGGAGCUCAAUUAAAUGUGCCAUUUGCAGGCAGACAACAUCUCAUAAAGAAAUAUCUUAUGUCUUCACUGCAGAAGCUGCAAAUCAGGAGGAUGAUAUUCCUGUAAAGGGAAGUCACUCUACCAAAGUGGAAGCUGUGGUCCGAACACUGAAGAAAAUCCAAUUUAAAGAUCCAGGGGCUAAGUCCUUAGUUUUCUCAACGUGGCAAGAUGUGUUGGAUAUAAUUUCAAAAGCUUUGUAUGACAACAACAUGGUUUUUUCUCAGAUCAAUGGAAUUAGUAAAUUUCAGGAAAACCUGUCUGCAUUUAAAUAUGAUCCCAACAUCAAUAUUUUGCUGCUGCCUCUUCACACUGGUUCAAAUGGACUAAACAUCAUCGAAGCAACUCAUGUUCUGCUCGUGGAGCCCAUUCUGAAUCCAGCACAUGAGCUACAGGCUAUUGGCAGAGUACAUCGUAUUGGCCAAACAAAAUCUACGAUUGUUCAUAGGUUCCUGAUAAAAGCAACAAUAGAGGAGAGAAUGCAGACUAUGCUGAAGACUGUAGAUAGAAGCCACACGAGCUCUUCCAUGAAACAGUCAGAAGCCUCAGUGUUGACAGUGGCAGAUUUGGCUGACCUUUUUACAGAGGAAACUGAAGAACUUGAGUAAAAACAUUGGUUUGACCUAAUGAAAUUGGAAAGUACCUGACCCAGUAAGCACCAGGAUAAAAUCCACUUGAUCUGUCAUUCCUGUAGGCAUCAUCUAACACUUGUCUGUAAGACAGCAAUCGGAAAUUGAGAAGUCUUAAUUUUUACUGAUUUAUUCUUUGGUGAUGUUCAUAGCAGCACACACUUCUGAUGGCACUGGAUAAAAGUUGCACUUUGCACAUUAUACAAAAACAUGAAUUUUUUUUUCCCAAAGAGAAUUUGAGCUGGAUGCUGAAACUGAGAUCUUGGACCUUUGGUUGAGAGGAUUUUUACCAUCAGGCUUGAUCGGCUAUUAGCUCAGUCUGAGAACAAAACUUGUGUGGGUGGUUGGGUGGGAAAGGGAAGCAGAAAAAUACAGAUCUAAUUUUUUUUUAUUGUACAAAGAGUUGUUAGAAAGAAUGACUGUAAAUUAAUAUUCUUCUAGAAAAGGCUUGUUAGAUUUAAUGCAGAGUUAUUAAGUGUCUUAUUGUUAACACUUCAAAUUACAAAUGUUUACUAAUAGUUUGGAUAUUUGUAUUAGGACUUUAGAUAUUCAUAAAGACUUUUACCGUUAAAUAUUUCAUUGUUAAUGCUUACGGCAAAAAUAUGAUAAUUAAAUUAUGCUUUUUGUAUGUGUGUUGGUCUGGUGAUCAGUUAAAGACUUGA